GUCACUCUUCACACGAGACGUCCAGCUGGCCCUCGUUCUCGGUCGUCGUUAAACAAACGACUUCGUGAACAUUCCUCAGCAGAUUUGUCCGCCGGAGUCGUCUUGCCGUUGUCGUUGCUCCUCGUAACGUUUUGUCAUCGCCCUUUUCCCGCCCCAGUGACAUCAUAUUCCUCAGCUUCUUUCAACCGUCUGGCACAGCAGUCUCCGCCCUUGCCUCUCACAUCACUUCCUCAUAAUCCUCGACACCGCCGCCACACAACCUCUAUCCACUUUCAUGUCCUCAUAUCCUAUAUUUUCGCUCCAGCCUUUGCUGGCUUCACAUCCGCCAACAUCGCUCUUUAAGGGAGUAUGACAAUGUCGACGCCUGUCCUCUCCCCGAGACUGAGGGAGCACCCCUCACAGUCUCGCACCCAUAAAUCGAGGCCCAGUGCCUCCCGUACGCCAGCCGCUGCACCACCCCUCACCCCUCGCCGCCUCAACGAGGGCAAGGCCACCAGCCUUGUUCUUCAUGAUCCUCGCACUCCAAGCCCCAAUUACUUUGGGUUGGCGGUUGACGCGAACGCCGACUGUUUCUCGUCCAGCGCAGCUCAGCACCUCCGCGGCAACUGGAGUCCGCCGUCAUCUAAUGUGCGCUCUAUAGCAGCUACAUCUCCCCGAGUUAUUCCAGCCGACCAGAAUCUUGAAUUUGACCAGUUUAGGAGACAGUCUGGAAACAGUAAGGCCUUCGCGUUAGGUAACCUUUUGGAUUUUGGUGCCAGACCAGCCACUUCAGCGGCGCCGACUGGACCCGUUUUUGGAUAUGCCAAGCUCCCCAGCCCUAAUUCUACAGUGCCUUCUACGAAUUCCAUUGACUACUCUAAUCGAACUAAAUCCGAUGGCUCUGAAGGCCUUAUCAAGCCUCGGUCGCCCAAAAGGCUUCUGUCGACCGAGUCUUCGCUUUUCCCAGAGCGUCCACGGAGGAAUUCACCUGCAAGCUUCCUCGACCGGUCAGAUGAACUGGCGGAAUUCGUAGAAGGCAGGAAUCUUCGACCUUCCCUACCCGCUCAACCAGCUACCCACUCCUUCCCCGUGUCCCACCACAGAGCUGAAACAUUACCUGCGAGCUUAGAGAACGAAAGCAAAACAGAUGGCCCGGUGAUGACGACACCACAACACGUUGUGAAUAUUCUCGAAUCCGCUGCAGAGGAAGUAUUGCUCCUCGACCUCCGUGUAUCAACUCAGCACGCAAAGUCCCGAAUUGUAGGCGCAUUGAGCUUGUGCAUACCCACCACCUUACUAAAGAGAGCCUCUUUUAAUGUAAAAAAACUGGCGGAAACCUUCAAAGAGGAGGACCACAGAGAGAAGUUUGAAGGGUGGAGGAGUAGCAAAUACAUAAUCGUUUAUGACGCCAGUUCCUCACAGAUGAAGGACGCUGCCACUUGCAUAAACACCCUGAAGAAGUUCACGAACGAAGGAUGGGCGGGUGGCUCAUAUAUUAUUCGAGGCGGAUUCUCAGAGUUCUCGGAGAAGUUUCCCUCGUGGAUAGCUCACAACUCAACCAACAGCCCGAUGUCUGCUUCCCUCCACCUCGAUUCAAGUUUGCCUUCUGUAGCUCCCGUUAUUGGAGGGUGUCCUAUGCCAGCAACUCAAAACGCCGCGAAUCCGUUCUUUGGAAACAUUCGCCAGAAUAUGGACUUGAUUGGAGGUGUUGGUCAAUUGUCUCUCAAACAUCCAGCAACCAUGACAAAUCAAAUAGAAGAAGAUCUUCCCUCGUGGCUGCGGCACGCAGUGAACGAAAUGGAUAAUGGCAGGCUUGUAUCGGACAAAUUCCUGCAGAUUGAGAAGCGCGAGCAGAAACGGAUGCAAGAAGCAUUAUCUAGUAAAGUUGUCUUUGGCUCUCCGGCUACAGGAUCAGAAUCUACUAGAUCUGUUCAGAUCGCCGGGAUAGAGAAGGGUUCUAAGAACCGCUACAACAGUAUUUGGCCAUAUGAACACACCCGGGUCAAAUUAGAAGGUGUUGCAGACGGCGGGUGUGACUACGUCAAUGCGAAUUAUGUUCAAACUGCGCGAUCCAACAAGCGCUACAUUGCCACGCAAGGACCGCUCCCUGCAACGUUCAAUGACUUCUGGAACGUCGUUUGGCAGCAAGAUGUGCGUGUCAUCGUUAUGCUAACCGCGGAGCAAGAAGGCGGCCAAGUCAAGGCGCAUAACUACUGGUGUAACAAACAGUACGGGCACAUGCAGCUCAACGCACUCGGUGAACGCCGCGCUUCUCUCGAGCCUUUAAGAAUCCAUCGGCACAGAGAUCGGCCAGCCUUGGGCCAGCGUCGCGCCACUAACCCACCCAAGCCGGCGAAUCUGUCAAGAGAACCAAACAAUUCUUCUCCUAACUCCGACCAGCCUUAUGUUAUCGUUAGGAAAUUCACCCUCUCCAACUCUAACGAGCCAUUCCAGCGGAUGCGAGAAAUAACGCAGCUGCAAUACUCUAGUUGGCCUGACUUCGGCGCUCCCGCUCACCCCGCACACCUGUUGGGUCUAAUUGAACAAUGCGAUGCGGUCGUGAGACAAGUAAACGGCGGUCACCCAUCUCGUCCGGAUCCUCCAAACGGCCGUCCAGUCUUGGUUCACUGCUCCGCGGGAUGUGGUCGAACUGGGACAUUCUGCACCGUUGACUCAGUCAUCGAUAUGCUGAAACGACAACGUCAAGCUCGAAAUCUCCGACAGGGUACAUCGAUGGAGAUGGAGCCAUUGCCGGGUUCAUCAAGCCAAAGUCGGAGCCAAGAAAGCCCAUUCUUCAAGGACGAGAAAGUGGAGGGGAACUGGGCGGUCAGUGAUGAUCUGGAUUUGAUCGAGCAGACGGUUGAGGAAUUUAGGUUGCAGAGGCUGAGCAUGGUACAGAGUUUGCGGCAAUUCGUGCUUUGCUAUGAGAGUGUUUUGGAGUGGCUUGUUGAGCAGCAUCCGAAAUCGGCGUAGAUUGUUUGUCGUUGGAUGAUGGUUUUGGAGCGGGGUUGGAGCGUCCAUAGGCAUUCACUAUUGAACACAGACGGCUAACGGUUACAUGGGCGGGAUGGUCGGCGAAAACCUAGGGGGGAGGGCGUAUUAGCAGCAGCGUCAUCAUCAUCAUUGGGCAAUAGGCGUGUUGAUGUCAUUUAUUUGGCUCAUUGGGAGGCGUUGAUUACGACAACACUUAGAGUACACAUUCAGAUACACGCAGCAUCCGGGGACUCGGGGCCAGAACAUAGGUUUGGGUAUGGGUUUGGCAUCUUGGUGGAGCAUUCAAGGCUCUUGAGUAUUCUUUGCUGUAGCCAAUUCUAGUUUUUAUUGUC